UCAAUAUAGCAGCUGUUCAUUUUUUAUUCAACAUAGGUGGUUGGUUUUAUACACUCGGGCUGUUAAGUUUGUUUUUUAAAGAUAAGCUGUUACACUUUUAUGUGAAUAGCAAUGAUUUUAUGAAACUGCCGUCAUGUCUUCAUUGAAAAAACACAAGAAAUAGAGAUGGGGAAAACUAACUUUUUUUCCCAAAGUGUCACUUUGACGAUAGCUAACUAGUAAUUAGCUUCAGUGAACAGUGCUAGUAUUGGGAUGUCAAUGGACGAGGAUUUCUUGCUAGCUCUUCAGUUACAGGACCAAUUUGAUCAAGAAGCGUCCGUCUCCAUCGUUGACGACGAUGACGAUUACGUUCAAAAUAAGAAGAGGAGAGUGGAAACCAGUGAUGAGCUUGUUACUUACCCUCGGUCCUCUUUUAGACCUGAGAGACCGCUGUCCAUAGUGGACGAGUCGUGGGAGAUGCUGGACCCCAGCCCCGAUGUCAGGGCGAUGUUCCUGCAGUUCAACGACAUGUUCUUCUGGGGCAGACUGGCCGGGGUGGAGGUGAAAUGGAGCCCACGAAUGACACUGUGUGCAGGUGUGUGCUCAUACGAAGGGCGAGGAGGCCUGUGCUCAAUCCGCCUCAGCGAACCGUUGUUGAAGCUCAGACCGCGGCGGGACCUGGUUGAGACGCUCUUACAUGAGAUGAUCCAUGCGUUGCUUUUUGUCACUCAAAAUAACCGCGAUCGGGAUGGACAUGGACCAGAGUUCUGCAAGCAUAUGAACAGGAUCAACAAAGCCAGCGGGACCAACAUUACUAUCUACCACAGCUUCCAUGAUGAGGUGGACCUGUACCGGACACACUGGUGGCGCUGCGACGGCCCAUGCCAGACCCGCCGGCCCUUCUUUGGGUACGUGAAGCGUGCGACUAAUCGAGCCCCCUCUGCCCGAGACCCCUGGUGGCCUCAACACCAGCAAACAUGCGGGGGCACCUUCAUCAAGGUCAAGGAGCCUGAAGACUAUGGGAAAAAAGGCAAGAAAGCGGAGAACAACAAGAAGGGUGGGACUCAACAGAAGGACAAGUCCACCCCUACUGCUGCAGGCCACUCUGGAUCGCUGGACAUACGAACUCUAAUUCCAUUCAGUGGAAAAGGCUUUGUUCUUGGACACAGCUCCCAGGCAACAUCCUCUCAAGAAGUCCCCAGAGAUGGGAGACCCUCAUCUGAGCACAAGAGCACUCCCAGCCUCCUCGGGUCCCCACCAGGCAACAGGAAGGCUGAAGACGCUGGUGCGCUUGAAUGGCCAGGAUUGAGCAGUUCCUUGAAAAACAGCAGCACUGGCAGUGGGGACCCUAAAUCUGGAGGAAACCAAAGUGUCCCUCCAAAAGGAAAUCCAACAGGGAAAAGAUCUGUUGGCAACAGUAAAGCUUUUGUUAACAUUAAUGGGUCUCCCAUCAGAAUUUUAAAGGCCAAUGGUCAGUUACAAAAGCCAUUAAGUAAUUCCAGAGACUUUUUUGGUGCUAAGCAGAGGCUUGUUAACGAUCUCUUCCAAGCAAAAGGAGCAAAAUCUCUAGAAGGACCUGGGGUGAGCAAAGGUGGUACCAUUUCCUCCAAAGCACAAAGUGAAGUCAGGGGCCAAUCUAAGUUAAUGAAAAAUGAAAGGUCCCCCACAGAUGAAUCCCAUUCGAAAGGUUUCAAAGCAUCUGAGAAGAGGGGAGGUGUAAGUGCCACUGAAGUCCAGAAAUCAGACACCUCAGAAAUCCCAGGCUGCUCAAGAGAUGUAAAGCCAAGUCCUUUUGAGCCUCUUCAUUCAAAGUACUUUAAAUCGCCGGGAAAGUCAAAGACGGACGUCCCAAAUGCUAGGAAGAGACUUCGGGAUGAGGGCAGCUCAGCACACAUUUUUGAUUUCUUCCAGAGGACAACAACAGAGUGGAGCAAACCACAGACUCUAGCUGAGAGCACUGUGACUACCACUCCUUCACCUGUGGUGAACAUCCCUCCCAGCUCUGCCAAUUGUAUGGUCAGCUGCCCUGUGUGCCACACAAAGGUGCCGGAGUCCACAAUCAAUGAGCAUUUAGAUACCUGCCUCAAGUGAGGCCUAGCGGUUAUCUGUGGUCCAGAAGCAAGUCUGUUAAAGUAUAAGCUUAAACAGAAGAAAUGUGCUUCUUCUACCUUAGAUUAGUCUUAACAGCCUAUGUGGUUUGGAUGAAUAGAGUAUCAUAUUUAUAACUGGCUAAUAAGUGAACACUCCUAGUCUUGAGGGCUAUACUGUUGCAUGGUUUCUUAAUUAUUCCUAGAACAGCAAGUGCUCACAUUGGUUCAUGUAAACAAUAUUAACAUGCAGCUCAGGGGUAAUGAAAAAUCUGAAAGUCCUGCUGUGCCUUUGAAAUGCUUUUUGUGGCAUAGACAGAGUAAACUGUGUAAGUCUUAGUGAGAUCAUGUAAAAAGCGUUGUAGGGCAUACGGAAAAGCAAAGGUAAUAUUUACCCUGGAAAAUGUCUGUGACAGGCCAUCUUGGAAUACUGCAGUUUACGGCUUUGCCAGCUUUAAUUUCACUUGCUGAACCAUUUUAGCACUUUAGAUAUGGAUCUGUCAAAUCAAUCCAAGUAUUUUAAUAUGUGGAAGAGUAGUAUUAAAAAUGCAUUUUAAAUAUUUAUUUCUAUUUGCAAAAAUGACCAGGAAACAAAAAAAGGCUUUACAUUUUAGAAGUGCAAUUGUAUUUAUAUGUAUUUGGAGCACAGACUCAGGUUUCACAUUUACAACAUUUACCUCGAGGUGUACUAGAAAUAUAUUCUUAUUUGAGUGAAUGUUUUAAAACAAAAGCCUAUUACAUUGUUCAUACCCUGGACAGAAUCUUGCAGUGUACGAUGCAGGCUCCAGUCUGUAGUGGACCUAAUGUUUGAAGUCACCCCUAAAUCGGAUGAUUAUAAUAGGUGCACAAUCUCUGUCCUUAAGGGAAAUAACAUAGAAUGUUUUCAAGGUCUCUUUUAAUCACUGACAGCUGAAGACCCUUGCAUAGCUUUAAAUUAGCCCAGUUAAGCUGAUUAAUUCAAUUAGGUCAGUAAGAGCAGAGGUAGAACAAAAAAUCACAGAUACUGCAGCCCUCCAGGACUGGAGGUGAGCACUUGUAAUGAGUGACUGAAACCACUUUCUCUUCUUUAAUUGAUACAGUUUAUAUCUAAACCAUGAUAAAACUAAAUUAAAAUAUCUUUUUGUUGAAUUCAUGCACAUUAUUUCUAUGAGUAACAUUCUCUAGUUGGCCAAGUAUACAAAAUAGACAAAGGAAAUACUGGCAAAAUUAACUACAACAUUGCAUUAAAGGGGUGGUUUAUUAAAAUGAAAAUAAUUUUUUGGAACAAUUACUAGUCACAGCUAUUCAGUAAAUAUGAAUUUUUAGACUAAAGCAUUUUGGAUCAGUAAUACUUAAAGAUUCAGUAGCAACUUCAAAUACUAGGUGUGCUUCUGUCUGGAGUACUGUGCAAGUGUGCAGAAUUCUGGUUUGAAUAUAUCUAAAAUUCUUAUUUUUUUAUUUAAUAUAUAAUUAUUUUCCUAGUGCUGUAGAUGAGAGUGUGUACUUUUAACAUGUAUUUCUUAAUAUUUCUCAUCCACAUACAGAAACCUUCUCCAUUUCUAACACAGUGCUAUAUGAAGUGUGAUUCAUUUAGUUAACUAUGAUUAUGUAGGAAUUGGAAAAUGAAUCAUUACUUCUGUGUUGAAGUUCUGUGGGUCUGGCCAAUGUCAGGCUUGUUCUGAUGUGGUCCACUGCGAUGACCACUACAACUUCUGUUACAGCUCUUUGAAACAGACAGGACUCCAUCACUCAGUUUUGUUACAAUUGUCUCUGUAAUUAUUUAAAGGAAAAAAAGCUGGAUCAGUAUAGCAAUUAAAGAGCUUGUUGUAAGUACUGCGAUGGAAUUCAUGGAAUGAAAGGGCAUAAUGUGCACCUUUUAAUGCUAAGUCAGGUAUUCAGUAGAAUAAACCAAUUACAAAAUUUACUUCAAAGAAAGUGGAGACUUAGGCUAACACAGUUGAUUCAUCUUAUUGAUAAAAAUGAGAUAAACAAUGAGAUACCCUAAAGCCUUAAAGAUUGCAAUACAUACUCCACAUCAUCAGUGUUGCUGCUUCUCGGAGUGAGAAGUACUGUACCUGCACAGUUCCUUUUGCAGACUUGUAUUACAUUUCAAAAGAGUUGUACUACUUUGUGUUGUAUGUGAGAUGCUCAUAUUUUGAAAGGAUCAUAAAAGAAGAGUUUGAUUUUAAUAAGGAAGAGUUUACUUUUACAGGAUUUUUAUCAUUAAGAUGAGGUAGUGUUGGCAGUAGAGCUGCCCUUUCUCUCCCCAUGUUCUAACAGACUUUUAGAACAGUGACUUUUUUCCUCUUAUUCUGGCAGCGUGUUUACUGUGUGUCUGAUUCUUUUUAGGUCAGCACUUCAAUGAUUUGGCUAUUUAAAUUGAGGAAGAGCUGUUUAUUCAAAAUAGAGAUAAAAAUAGUAGACAGGAUUAUUUUCAAUCAAACAAUUCUGUUCCUCAUUAUUGGCUUAAAACAAUGAAAAUGUGUUAAUCACAAUCAAGAAUUAUUAUUAAGUAAUUAAAUCAAAA